UAUAAAUUAUAAAUUGUCAGGGAUUGUUAAUAAAUUACGGACUCCAAAUCUGGCUGAAUCGCAUUCAUCCAUCGCACUCGCGCACCACGUAUUCCUCCCGCCCCAUGCCAGCCAGUCAACGACAUUUAUUUUACUUUUUUUUAGUACGCUACGAACUCUUCGUGCGGCUGUACGUGUGAUGAUUCUUUAGCCACUCGUAGUUCGCGCGAAACUUUUUUCGAUCCAAGGUUGUGAAGGGUUAUAAAUAUUUAGAAAUAGAAAACAAAUUUUUCUUUUUUGUUUGAGCCCUUUAAUAGUUUAACGUAAAAUGUGAGUGAUUUUAUGUGAAGUUAUUGAACUUUCUGUUUUGAUUUACUGCAAAACUGCAAUCAAUCAGAACAUCCAGAUGAGAGCGAUGCUCGCGCAUGCACUAUGCGUCGCGUAUUGCGCGUGCGUCGCGGCGGCGUUGCGCGUGGGCGUCGGCAUCGCAGACAUGACCGGCCCGCCUGCUGAGAUCAAUUUCAUGGGCUACGCCAACUUCGAGCAAGUCGGCACUGGCAUCCACUUGCGGCAGUUCUCCCGAGCCUUCAUCCUGGAAGACGAUACCAACGGCUCCAAUCAGAGGCUUGUGUUCGUGUCGGCUGAUGCUGCUAUGAUGGGUCAUGGAGUCAGGAGAGAGGUCAUAAAGCGGCUGCAGAAGCGAUACGGGGACAUAUACAACGACCAGAACGUGAUACUGAGCGGGACCCACACCCACUCCACACCGGGCGGGUUCCUGAUCGACUUCCUCUUCGACCUGCCCAUUCUGGGCUUCGUGAGGGAGACCUUCCUCGCUUACAUCGCUGGGAUUUAUAAGAGUAUAGUCAUAGCUCACAAUAAGCUGACUCCAGCAAGAAUGGAGUACGGAGAGAUUGAAAUACUAAACGCGAAUAUCAAUCGCUCACCUACUUCAUACCUGCGGAAUCCGCCGGAGGAACGAGCUAGAUACAAAUACGACACUGACAAGACAUUAGCGCAGUUGAAAUUCUUAUCGCCAUCAGGCGGGGUGCUGGGCGCGCUGCAGUGGUUCGCGGUGCACCCGACCAGCAUGAACAACACCAACCGCCUCGUGUCGGCCGACAACGUAGGCUUUGCGUCGCUACUUAUGGAGAAGGCGCUCAACGGGAACAACACGGCGCCCGGCAAGGGCAACAUAGUGUGUGCGUUCGCGUCGACAAACCUUGGCGAUGUUUCUCCCAACAUCAAGGGUCCUCGAUGCGAAUUCUCCGGUAAGGUAUGCGACCAAGAGAAGCUGCUCUGUAAGCAGCCUAAGGAACGCUGCUUCGCGUCAGGCCCCGGCGAUGAUAUGUUCGAGAGCACCAGGAUCAUUGCCACCAGGAUCUAUGAAGGAGCUAUGAAACUGCUGCAGCAGCCGGGCGAGGACGUGACGGGGCCCAUCAGCUCGGUGCACCAGUUUGUGCGCAUGCCCGACCACGAGGCACACCCCUUCGAUCCCGUCAGCGACACCUUUGAAACGAACGUAACCGUCCGCGGUUGCGUGCCAGCCAUGGGCUACAGCUUUGCGGCCGGCACCACCGACGGGCCCGGCGCCUUCGACUUCCGACAAGGGACCACCUCGGGGAAUGCUCUGUGGAACGCCGUCAGAGACUUCUUGGCAGAACCUACACCGGCUGACGUCCGCUGUCAUGCACCCAAGCCUAUACUGCUCGCUACUGGACGAAUGAAGUUCCCGUACGCGUGGCAGCCGAGUAUCGUAUCAGUGGCGUUGGCUCGCCUCGGUCGCGUGACGCUGGCCGCCGCGCCUGGGGAGCUUACUACUAUGGCCGGCCGGCGCUUACGCAGAGUGUUAGCGGCCACUGGUGCUGAGAAAGUUGUUAUAGCGGGCCUGUCUAAUGUCUACUCGGACUACAUUACUACACCGGAGGAGUACCAGGCUCAAAGAUAUGAAGCAGCUUCUACGAUUUUUGGACCUCACACCUUGGAUAUUUAUUUGAACAAAUACAAGGAGCUAUCUGAAGCAUUAAAUUCGGGCGCGUCUCUCGAGCCCGGGCCGGAGCCGCCGGACUACAGCAGCCAGCUGAUCACGCUGGUGACGCCGGUGCUGUGGGACGCGGCGCCGUGGGGCAAGGAGUUCGGAGACUGCCUCCACCAGCCCGAGAAGCGAUACGGGUAUGGGGACACCGCCACCGCUACUUUU